AUGGUCAACACACGUUCCGGUAAUGGCCAUUCGUCCACUUCACGUGGUGCUGUUGGACUGACAUCUUCUCAGGCAGGCAGUGUUGGACUAGGGCCGAAGAGCUCCAAGAUCACCAAAAGCCAGGGUUCUGGCAGCGGUGGUGGUGGUGGUGGUGGUGGUGGUGGUGGUGGUGGUGGUAAGAAACCCCAAAAGACAGCCAAGGGAAAAGGCAAACAGACUCGAUGCCAGCCCUGCGUAGAUCUUCAUAGGCAAUGUGAUAGGGCUCGGCCAGUCUGUACCACAUGCGAAGAAUUGGCCGUACCCACCAUGUGCGUGUGGCCAGAUUUGACACGAGCGCCAAACAGUGCCAUGCGGCGUCUGCUGGCCCAGAAUAUUCCUGCUUCACCAGCGGCCUUGGUUGCUCCUGCACCGGCGGCCGCACCAGCUAAUGUUCCUCAAGCACCUGCACCACAGCCACAGCCGCAGGCGGAAGAGGACGAGGAACAAUCUGAUGCAGACGAUGCAGACGAUGCAGACGGUGCAGGUGCUGCAGAUUUUGGUGAUCCUGAGUAUUUUGAUGUUGACGAAGACCCGGCUCCGCAAGAAACCGCAGAACCAACUUCCCUCCCUAAUGAACCUCCAACUGAGGAAGAACUCGCGGCUUUAGACGCAGCUGCCCCACGUGAACAAUCGCCCAUUUAUUUUCGAGGAGACUCUGACAAUGAGUAG